CCAAAGGAAGAAAAAAAAAAUGUUCCCUUUCUCAGUUCCUCCACCGCCAAAGUUUGGUUCUUUGACCAAAAAAUCGUCCUUUCUCGUCGUCGCUUUCAGACACUGAUCUUUGUCACCGUACAAUGAAUUCGCCGGGAUUAUCUCCGAAAUCGGACCGAAAAUCUCCGACGGUCCUCACCGUUCAACCUUCGUCCCCGAGAUUCACGCCGGUCAGCACUCCAACGGCCGGAGCCCAGCGCAAGAUUGGGAUCGCCGUUGAUCUGAGCGACGAGAGUGCCUAUGCCGUCCGAUGGGCCGUACAGAACUACCUCCGGUCCGGAGACGCCGUCGUACUGCUCCACGUACGGCCGACAAGCGUCCUGUACGGCGCCGAUUGGGGCGCGAUCGACCUGUCGCCGCAGUGGGACCCGGAGAACGAGGAGUCGCAGAGGAAGGUCGAGGACGAUUUCGAUGUCUUCACGAACGCGAAAGCGAACGAUAUGGCUGGGCCGUUGGUCGAGGCGGAGAUUCCGUUUAAGAUCCAUAUCGUGAAAGAUCACGACAUGAAGGAGAGGCUGUGUCUGGAGGUGGAGAGGCUAGGGUUGAGUACUCUCAUAAUGGGGAGCAGAGGUUUUGGGGCUGUGGCGAAGAGGAGUGGCAAAGGGAGGCUGGGGAGUGUAAGCGAUUACUGUGUUCAUCACUGUGUUUGUCCCGUUGUGGUUGUGAGAUUCUCCUAUGACAAUGGCGGAGGAGAAGAUGAGAAACGUGGUGGAAAUGGCGCCAAAUUCCCUUCCGACAGCGUUAAGCUUCAUACGGUGGCUGAGGCCGAGGGAGAGGGAGAAGAUAAGGAGUACCACCAUGAUGCUUCUGAUAAGCAGCAACAAGGGUAGCUUCCGAUUCAGGGAAAGAGCUUCAUAAAGACAUCGGAAAAAACGGAAGUCAUCCUUUGAACAGGGUUCGUGUUCUUCUUCUGUUCUGAUCAUGUUCUCGUCGUGUAAGUCUUCGGUUCUGUGUUAAAGUUUAACUUGUGUUGUCUAAGUGGGAAUCCAUUGUCUUGUUGCUCUUGAAGGAUUUGGUUUCCUAAAGAACUGUUUGUGUAAAUAACAUGUGAAUUCGUGGUACGAUCUCCCCAUCUGUUUGCUCUUACAUCAUCUUAUCCAUUGUUCAUGUUCUUGUGAUUGUUCA